UCGACAUCUUGGCUGUGUACGCCGGUCGUAUUGACGACUGGAAUCCGGCACGGCGAUUGGUUCAUUCCUGGUCACGUGAUAUUUAUUAGAAUAAUCCAAAAAGCGCGGGGCUUUAGGAAAUGUCUUUAGAAGAAGAAAAGAGUUGCCAUGACAACAGGCAGACCCCAGAUAGUGAUAGUGGGAGCAGGUAUAUCAGGCCUGUCGGCUGCAGCAGAACUGAACAAGGCUGGGUUCACACAUGUCACCAUUCUGGAAGCAAUGGACAGACCAGGGGGAAGAGUGCACACUGUUUCUGCACUGGGUGUAAAUAACCUUGAGUUAGGUGCAACCUGGCUUCAUGGUAACAAGGACAACCCACUGUACAACCUCGCAGAGCAGAACAGACUUCUGGGGGACUCGGAGGUCAAAGUUCAACAUGCAGGUGACAAGUUCUACACCGAGCAGGGUGACCAGGUUGACCCUGACUUUGUCCUCGACUUUUGGAGCAAACUUGACGACAUAACGGACCAAGCAUACAAGGGUGGUCCAAAUGACAAAUCAUUCAAGAGUGUUGGCGAAUUUGUUGACCACAAGUUUACUACAGAACUGCUUAGCCCAGUUGACUCUGAUGGUAUCAGACAUUGGAAGAAAUUAAUGCUCGCAUGGUACAAGAAGUUUGCAACAAUUGACAACGGUUGUAACUCUCUGUGCGACAUUUCUCUCUCAGAGAUGUCAAAGUAUAAGGAGUUGGAAGGGGAAGCGAAUGUACCAAUACCUAAAGGAUAUGGCGCAAUUGUAGAAGUACUUGUCAGAUCACACCCCUAUAACAAUAUACAGUACAAGAAAGCAGUGAAAGUUGUGCAAUGGAGCAGAAAAAGUGAUGAUGAGGAGUACCCUGUUUGUGUUCAUUGUGAAGAUGGCUCUACCUACUUUGCUAACCAUGUAAUCAUUACUGUCUCUCUCGGGUACUUAAAACUGAACCACAGUACAUUCUUUGAACCUCCUUUACCUCAGCAAAAAGUAGACGCAAUCACUAGCCUCGGUUUUGGAACAGUGAACAAAAUUUUUCUGAGAUUCCCGAGCCCUCCGAUGGAAGAUUCAUUUUCUUGUAUCCAGCUGUUUUGGAAUCAAGACAAAGAAGAUGUGGAAGGACUUGAAGAACAGAUGUGGUUUAAACAGAUCACAGGCUUUCACAUGCUGGAGGGAUGUCCUGAAGUUCUGUAUGCAUGGAUUGGUGGGAAGGCAGCUGAGUGCAUGGAGUGUUUACCAGAUGCUGAGGUUGGUAAAGUGUGCACCCAAAAACUGCGACAGUUUACUGGAAGACCUGACAUACCGGAUGCUGUGGAUGUCCUGUGCACCAGAUGGUAUUCUAACCCAUACAUCUGCGGAGCCUACACUAAUGUGCCUGUUGGCUGUAGGGCCGAGGCUAGUGAUGUGUUAGCUGAAUCUCUACCAGGAGAUGGCAACUGUCAUGUAAAGGAAAAGAAUCUUCAGGUACUGUUUGCUGGAGAGGCCACGAUAACACCCUACAUCACUACUACACAUGGGGCAUUCGUCUCUGGGAAAAGAGAGGCUUCUAGACUUAUUAACUUGUAUAAAUGUAAAAACUAAUGGAACAGAAAAUACUGCAAACCAUGAUGUACAGUUUUGUAAUGAAUCUAUAAUUUAUUAUACAUAUUCAUGCAAAAUAAAGAAGGAGAAGAAUGUAAUAGAUUUCAGUUGUAUAGUAGAGAUUGUUUAUAUUGAUAACUUGAGUAAGAGUCCAUUCCAAGAAAAGAUUUUGGAUAAAUGUAUUGCUACUCUUUAUAACAUAGAUAAGUAUUUUAU